AGAGUGAAUAAAGCCUGGAAAAGUGCAAGUAGGAAGGGCUUGUCUUGGAAAGUCACCAGCAGGCAAGGAAGAUAGUAGCAGACGGGGAGCUGGGCUCCAGAGGCAAAAGGAUGCAGAGAGUGAACCUCACAGUCCUUUGCUGCCUCACCCUCUUGACUGGCUUCCUAACCAUCUGUCUGGGGGCCUUCUUCAUAUCCCUGGGCUCAGGCCCUAACUGCAGGGGGAAGCUGAUCCUGGCCUAUUGCCUUUUGCCUCUGGGGUUCCUGAUCCUCUUGAGUGGAAUUUUUUGGAGCACCUACCAGCAGGCAAGCCAAGGCAAAGACAUCUUCACCAGAGUGCUCAGACAGAACCUAAGGCAUGGGGCCCCACGAGUUCCCACUGUGGACAGGCCAGACUUUUAUCCCCCAUCUUAUGAAGACAGCAUCGAUCCUGAAAAGCAACUCUCUCUGGAGCAGAAGGAGGCCUUCAACAUCCCCCCACCCCUAUAUACUGAGAGCAGCCUAGAAUUCAUGGACAACACUGACAGUCACCGAGAAAUCCCACCAUCCUAUGAAGUUUCAGUGAGAGGCAUGUUGAUGGCAGAAGGGGCUGCUGUAGUAGCAAGAGGAGGAGGAGAGGCAGCAGGAGAGCAAGGCCAAGAAUGCCUCAGGCAUUAAGAGCUCCCAGGCACUUGUGUUGCAUGUGUACCAAGAGUCAGCUGCUAAUAAUAAAAAUUGUCAAGAGACUUUGGAAGGAAAAACCAUGUCAGUUAUCCUAAGUUAGAGUUAGUAGAGAGGAUACCACAUGUGACAACAGUGGUAUUUGGAAGGACACGCCAGAGCAUUCAUGUAACCUCAUGGCAAUGGCAGGGUGGAUGUUGUGGUGACAAGGUCAGCACCAAGUGUGGUUAUCUGAGAGGCUGCCGGACAACUGAAAAUAAGGGACUAACCUUUAGCCUGUAAAAGAAAUGACUGGGGAAAGAAUGAUCCCACGCAUUACUUGCUUUUUGUGGCCAAGUCCACACCAAGCUUUACAAAUAACUCCUUUAUAAUUCUUCUCAGGAAAAAUGGAAAUGAGCCAGUAAAGACCACUAUUGUGACUCCAUUUCCUUUAUUCCCUAUAUAUCCAUAAGGAAGAAAGAGGGCAGUAAAUGCAUCAUUGUUGUUGUUUUCCCCUUGUUUGAGGACUGUUUACUGAGUUUAAUGGUUUUCCAUCUUACCAGGAAAGCCCAGUUCCACCAAUGUUAUGCCAGCAACAAGUCCUAUUGGACUCUUUUGAUCCAAAUCAUUUUAGGACUUGAGAUGGUCACAAAAAAAGGUUAAAAACCUCAAAGUUACAUUUGGACAUUCCUUCCCAUGAAGGACAAAUAAAAUAACUAAUGGAGAAGUAUGGAACCAAGUCUUUUGUUGCUGAAUCAUCUUCCUAUCAGAAAUAGGAAGAAAAUGUUCAAUGACUUUUUGCUGCUUUGGUGUAUUCCUAAAGGAAGCAAUUUCAAAAGACAUUAACAACUUCCUCUUUUUCUUUGCUAAUAACUUUCCAAGGGACAGACGAAUGGAACUCGUUGCCUUUAUAAGAUUGUCCCAACCUGACCCCAACCUUUUCAACCCUACUUUACAUUCCUGCCUUUUCUAUAAUCCGAUUCAUUCUAAUUAGUCUUCACGCUGUUCCUCACACAUGAGUCACCAUCUACAAUUUCUGUGUCUUUUUACUGGUUGUUCACACCAUCCCUGGUAGCCUCUCUCUUUUCCUUCUCCUUAUCUCAUGGAACCCCUAACUUACUUUAUGGCUCAGCUGGAGCACCAUUGUCUACAUGAAGCCUUUUCUGAAACUCAUUUCCCUCCAGUUUUGAGUGUCGUUCUCUAAACUGCCUUGUAUUUAUUUUUAUAUAUAUUCUGUAUAUAUAGUUAUGUGUACAUGUUAUAUCUUUGUAUAGAAGGUAAAUAAACUCCUUGAGAAUAGA